AUGAGUUGUGGGAAGGCUUUUAGACAAAAGGGAGCUCUUGUUACACAUCAAAGAACCCACACUGAAGAGAAACCUUUUGAAUGUAUCCAGUGUGGAAGGGCCUUUAGGGAAAAGAGAUUUCUUUUUGGACAUCAGAGAAUCCACACUGGAGAGAAACCUUUUGAAUGUAAUCAGUGUGGAAAGGCUUUUAGAGAAAAGGGACUUCUUAAUAAACAUCAGACUACCCACAUUGGAGAAAAACCUUAUGAAUGUAAUGAGUGUGGAAAUACUUUUAGAAAGAAGGGAUCUCUUAUUACACAUCAGAGAAUCCACACUGGAGAGAAACCUUAUGAAUGCAACCAGUGUGGAAAGACUUUUAAAUGUAAGAAUAAUCUUAUUGAGCAUCAGAGAGUUCACACUGCAGAGAAACCUUAUGAAUGUAUCCAGUGUGGAAAGACUUUGAAACAUAAGAAAAGUCUUAUUGAGCAUCAGACAAUCCAUACUGGAGAGAAACCUUAUGAAUGCAACCAGUGUGGAAAGACUCUGAAACAUAAGAAAAGUCUUAUUGUACAUCAGAGAAUCCACACUGGGCAGAGGCCUUAUGAAUGUACCCAGUGUGGACAGGCUUUCAGAUGUAAACAAAAUCUUGCUGUACAUCAGAGAAUCCACACUGGAGAGAAACCUUAUGAAUGUAAUCAGUGUGGAAAGGGUUUUAGACAAAAGGGAACUCUUAUUGGGCAUCAGAGAACCCACACUGGGAGAAACCUUAUGAAUGUAAUCAGUGUGGAAAGGGUUUUAGAUAAAAGGGAACUCUUAUUGGACAUCAGAGAACCCACAAUGGGAUCAACCUUAUGA